AUGCGCCCCAGUCUCCGCCUCUUCGCGGCGCCGGCCGUUCAGCCUUUCCGACCAGGUCAACGCCCUCCGGCACUAGCUCUCCUCCCACCCAUGGCUCUCUACCGUCGUCUUUUGCGCAUUCAUCGUAAGAAAUUAAACCCAGAAGAACGUAUAUUUGGCGACGCAUAUCUCAAAGCGGAGUUUCGAAGACACAAAGAUAUCGAAAAUCCUUUACAUAUUGUUGGGUUCCUGACGGAGUGGCAACAGUAUGGACAACAGCUUGAAGGCAAUGAAUGGAAAGAUCAGAGGAUCAAUACGGGGUUAUUAGACAAAUUGAGUGAUCAACAGAUUGGACAGAUGUACGAACUUAUGCAGGCUAUCCAGAAAAGAGGUAGAGAAAGUGUGGACGAGGAAGAGGAGGGUCAUGUUCUUCGAACUAUUGAUGAGACUACUGGAACGGAUAAAAAGGAGUCAUAA